GAAGAAUUUAAACACAAAAUUGGUGAAUAGUAUAAAUGAGAAAGAGUCAUUGCUGCAGAAAUUCCUGACUGCGCAGAACCAAAAGCAGAAUAUUGAGUCUAAAUAUGAAUCACUAAGAAAGCAAUUGCUAAAUUAUGAAGGAGUCUUUGCCUUCAACCAUAUUUUGCUUGUUCACUUAUGAAGCAUCAAACAAGAAAUGUUGAAACUGAAAAAAUACCAAGCACAACACGAAUCAGAAGUUUCUGCAUUAAUCAGAGAAAAAGAAUUGCUAGCAAAGAAUGUGUUAAAGAUGGAAACUUUGGUUGAGAAGUACUCAAAUCAGUCUGUAAUUUGGGAAAAAGAAAGAAUUACUUUAUGUCAAGAUCUUAAGACUUCUAAACAACAGAUAGAAAAAUUAAAUAGGAUUAUAUCUACUUUAGAAGCAAUAAAGGUUCAGCUCUUGGAUGACAUAAAAGAAUUAACAAAAAAGAUUGAAAGGCUGAAUAACAGUCUCUGUGAUCAUGAAGAUAAAGCAACUCAGAUGCAAGUAAAAAUUGCUGAAUUAACAAGUAAACUUAAUCAACAAACUGAAAUAACUAGUGCUGCAGUUUUUGACAGAAAAAUGUUUUGCCAAAAAUACAAAGAUGUAGAGGAGAGCCGAGAUCAGAUGAAACAAAAAAUCAAUAUCCUUGAUAAUUGUGUCAAUGAACUAAAAGAAUCUCUGUAUUCUAAAAGUGAAGAAGUUAUUAAUUGGAAAAAUAAAUGGGAAUCACUGAAUUUUCAAAAUAAGAAAUUAGUUUCAAAAACUGCAAAAGAAGUGUCAGAGCACAAAGACAUGGAAAUGCAAUUCAAGCACGAAGAAUAUCAAAAUGGUUUGCGUUUACAGCUCAUAGCUGCAAAAGAAAAGGAAAUAGAAACACUGCAGAGAAAGCUAAUUUAUAAAACAGAAGAAUGUCUUACACUGCGCUCACAAAUGCAGAGUCAAAGAGCAAAAAUUUCUGAUCUUGAAGAAAAAAUACACUUAUCAGAGAAAGUAAUUCAGAGAGAAAAGGAGGCCUAUUUAAAUCUUGAGAAUUCUACAAAACUGUUACAUUUAGAAAUACUUCGACUGACUGGAGAGAAGAAUUCAUUAACAUGCAAAAUAAAUGACUUAGAAAAACUAAGGGAAAGUUUCACAUAUGCGAAACAAGAGCUCAACAAAGAAAGGUUUAAAAACUCUGCAUUAGAAAGAACAAUACAAAGGCCAACAAAUGUUCAUCGUUGGAGGUUGCUCAAAGGAACUGAUCCUGAUCCUGAGAAAUAUGAAAUUCUGGAAAAAUAUCAAACACUACAGAAACAUCUUUUGAAAAAGUCUAAGGAAGUUCAAAGUAAAAAACAACAAAAUUUCUGA